CCGCGGUGAGUAUUCUGAGCAUGCGCGGUCCUGUUAGCAGGACCCGGGUUUCUUAAUUUGGAGGAGGAAAAUGGCACAUAUUAGCAUCAAUCAGUAUUUACAACAGGUGGCAGAGGUUAUAGAAGAGAAAAACGGGGCCAUUUGUGCCGAGCUGAUUUCGUUCAGACAUGCACACACCGCAAACCCCAGGCUACAGUUGGCUGCCCCAGAAGACAAAUGUCAGCAGAUGUUGGAACCUCCCUAUGAUGAGAUUUUUGCAGCUCACUUGAGAUGCACCUGUGCUGUUUCCAACCAUGAUUUCGUGGAGGCAUACAAGUUCCAGACUGUUGUCGUUCAAUCGUUUUUGAAGAUUUUCCAGGCACAUAAAGAAGAAAAUUGGGCAUUGCCUAUUAUGUAUGCUAUUACUCUGGAUUUAAGAUAUUUCGCCAACAGCGCUGACCAACAGCUAACGAAAAAAGGCAAAGGAAAAAGUGGAGACAUGCUGGAGAAAGCUGCCGAACUGUUAAUGAGCUGUUUCAGGGUGUGUGCUAGUGAUACCCGUGCAGCUUUUGAGGACUCCAAAAAGUGGGGAAUGUUGUUUCUCGUCAAUCAGCUUUUCAAAAUUUAUUUUAAGAUCAGUAAACUUCACUUAUGCAAACCCUUGAUCAGAGCAAUUGAAAGCUCCAACUUUAAGGAGGAUUAUAGCAUUUCACAAAGGGUCACUUACAAAUAUUAUGUUGGUCGUAAAGCCAUGUUUGACAGCGAUUUCAAGAAAGCUGAGGAAUAUCUCUCAUUUGCCUUUAGGAACUGUCUCCGCUCUUGUCAGAAAAAUAAAAGGAUGAUUCUAAUAUAUUUGCUGCCUGUAAAAAUGCUCCUGGGUCACAUGCCAACCAUACAGCUCCUGAAAAAAUACAACCUAAUGCAGUUUUCAGAAGUGACAAAAGCAGUCCGUGAAGGCAAUCUUUUACUGUUAAAUGAGGCUUUAACCAAACAUGAAACUUUUUUCAUCCGUUGUGGCAUCUUCCUGAUCCUGGAGAAACUGAAGAUAAUCACACACAGGAAUCUUUUUAAGAAAGUAUAUUUGUUACUCCGGACACAUCAACUUUCUCUGGAUGCAUUUCUGGUUGCUCUGCGAUUUAUGCAAGUGGAAGAUGUGGAUAUUGAUGAAGUGAAUUGCAUCCUAUCUAAUCUGAUCUACAUGGGGCACAUUAAAGGCUACAUCUCUCAUCAGCAUCAAAAGCUUGUGGUCAGCAGGCAAAAUCCUUUUCCUCCGCUGUCAACAAUCAGUUAACAGCAGUCACACGGAAGAUGGUGAAUGGUCAGCAGUACACAUGACUCGGGCGCUGAUUUCUCUUGUUUUUUUUUGUUGUUUUUUUUUCUUCAUUUUUUUUUUUUUUUUAGCAAUUUUUUUAGCAAAUUACAGAUUUUAAUAUCAUGAAUUUGUACAAGUAACUUUCUGUUGUUCAUGAGUUUUGCUCCAAGUGUAUAGUGUCCAAUAAAGCAG